ACUCGCUUAAGAGCUUCAAGUCUUCACUCAACCAACUCAAGCAAGCAAACUUCAAUCAUGUCGGACUCAGAAGAAGAUCAGACCGCUCUGGUUUGCGACAACGGAUCAGGAUUAGUGAAAUCAGGAUUCGCCGGAGAUGACGCACCUCGUGCUGUCUUCCCAUCCAUCGUUGGUCGACCCCGCCACCAGGGUGUCAUGGUCGGUAUGGGACAAAAAGACAGCUACGUUGGUGACGAAGCACAAAGCAAGCGGGGUAUUCUUACCUUGAAAUACCCGAUUGAGCACGGUAUCAUCACCAACUGGGACGACAUGGAAAAGAUCUGGCAUCACACUUUCUAUAACGAGCUCCGUGUUGCUCCCGAAGAACACCCGACUCUGCUUACCGAAGCCCCACUUAACCCAAAGGCUAACCGAGAAAAAAUGACCCAGAUCAUGUUUGAAACCUUCAACGUACCGGCCAUGUAUGUAGCCAUCCAAGCCGUUCUUUCUUUAUACGCAUCUGGACGUACAACAGGUAUCGUCAUGGAUGCUGGAGACGGUGUUUCACAUAACGUUCCAAUCUACGAGGGAUACGCGCUCCCUCACGCCAUCGCCCGGUUGGAUUUAGCUGGACGAGAUCUUACUGAUUAUUUGAUGAAGAUUCUUACAGAGAGAGGCUACUCUUUCGUUACAACUGCCGAGCGUGAAAUCGUUCGAGAUAUCAAAGAGAAGCUCUGCUACGUGGCGCUCGACUUCGAGCAGGAGAUGGCCACCGCAGCAUCCUCCACCUCCCUAGAGAAGAGCUACGAACUUCCCGACGGUCAAGUCAUUACUAUCGGAAACGAGAGGUUCCGAUGCCCGGAAACUUUAUUCCAACCUUCCUUUAUCGGUAUGGAAUCUGCUGGAAUCCACGAGACCACCUACAACUCCAUCAUGAAGUGCGACAUUGACAUCCGAAAGGAUCUUUACGCCAACAACGUUCUCUCCGGAGGUACAACCAUGUACCCUGGUAUCGCUGACAGAAUGCAGAAGGAGAUCACUGCUCUUGCUCCCAGCACCAUGAAGAUCAAGAUCAUUGCCCCACCAGAGAGGAAAUACUCCGUCUGGAUCGGAGGAUCCAUCCUCGCAUCUCUCUCCACCUUCCAACAGAUGUGGAUCACCAAGCAAGAGUACGACGAAGCUGGCCCAUCCAUUGUCCACCGAAAAUGUUUCUAAAUAUUAAGUUUUUGGUGUCAUCAGUUUUUAUUAAAACAAUACAAACCGCUUUUUCACACAAAGAUUUUCGCUUGUUUUGUAGUAGGUUGAAUUUGUUUAGUAGUUACAGGUGUUUAGUUUCUAGUGUUAGAAAACCUAUGUCUUUUUUCGUUAUUAACCCAAAUUUAAGUAAAAUGUACAGGCAAAACGACCAACAGCAGUGAGUAUAUAUACCGUAACGGUUUGAUAGUUCGCAUAGAUUUACUGAUCUGGUCAUCAAAAUUUUGCAUAAUACAUAUAACAGUUGAAUAUACAUAUGGUACUUAUGCUGCUCGCCGGUUCUUUACAUUAUGAUCAUUGUGAUUUAAAACCGUCAAUGUUAGCUGUUUAUACACCAUCGCAGUGUUUCUUAUUACCAUCAUCUAUUUUCUGGCAUCGU